AUGGCUAAGGGUUUAAAUGUGACUGAGUCACAGUUCACGAACUAUAUUUGGUUGUGUUGUAGUUUGGAUCAGGAGACGAAAAGUUUGGAGCGUCGACAGCAGAUAGCCGAGCGGGAAUUUAUUUCCUUCAAGCCGGAUGAGAGGCUUGAGAUCAAGUUCCCAUUUGAGCCUUAUGAAUGUCAAAAGACAUUUAUCAAGUCUUUAACUCAGGCUCUCCUAAAUAAAGAAAACGCUUUGUUGGAGUCCCCAACAGGGACCGGUAAGACAAUGUGUUUGCUAUCUACUGUGCUCGGUUUUCAAUACUACUGUCAGAAUGGUUUGUUACCAUUUGCUAGGGCGGCCAAGUCUUCUGUACCCGCAAAAGGCCAAGAGAAUGUUCCAAGAAAUGUAGACGAGGUCAUGUCAGCCAUAGAUGAGUUAGCUAGAACAAAUCCCGGCUUGGAUACGACUGGAUACGUCCCCAAGGGUGGGACGGAAGGAACCCCCAAGAAGCGCAAAAACAACCGGAUACGGCCCCAAGAUUAUCCGAGAGUUUGGUACGCCAGUAGGACACACGCUCAAAUCAAACAAGUUGUCGCCGAACUGAAAAAAGCGAAAGAACUAGGUACGAGCAACAUGCCAUUUGGUUUUCGUUUGACUAUUUUGGGUUCUCGAGACCACUACUGUGUUAAUCCAGAGUUGCAAGGUAAAACUGGUAAAGUAUUGGAGUCAAUGUGUAAGAAGAAGUCUGUUCAGCGAACGUGUAUGUGGCAUAACGGUUGCAAUGCUGCAUUAGACAGGAGUGAUAUUUUUUCUAAGGAGGUCUAUGAUAUGGAUGACUUGAAGAAAGUUGCCAUUCAUGGGACAGACCAUUUGCAACCCUUUUGUCCAUUUUAUGCCUCAAGAGAGGCACAACCAGAGUCAAGCAUCAUACUCCUUCCCUAUAACUACCUUGUGAGCAGCGGCAUGAGAGAGAGAUUAAAGAUCAAUGUCGAGAAUGACAUUGUCAUAAUUGAUGAGGGACACAAUAUAGAAGGUUCUUCCGAGGAUGAGAAUUCAUUCUCCUUUACAGAAUAUGACCUUCAAAAUGUAAUAUCUGCUAUUGAUAUCUCUGACACCCUACUAUCAUGCGCUCCAACUAAUAAUAACUCUGCUAAUGAACAUUUGACUGGAGAUGACGUACAUAGUCUUAUAGAUGAAGUUAAACCUUUAUUGUCUAGAUUAAUGAAUAUGAUUCGGCAGGCAAAAUUGGCUCAAAUACCGUUAACAGGACGAAUCAUGAGCGAAUAUUGCAAGCUAUGGCCGUUGAAAGACUUUAGAGAUCUUUUGCAAAAUGAGGUUGGACUUACCGAAGCUGCUAGCGCACGCGUGUCUAAUCUACUCCGAAAAUUACAACUUCAUUUGGAAUACUUUGAAAACAAUAGUCAAGACCGCUCCGUUGAUACUAAAAACUUUUUAAGCUGGGCCUGGACUGCCGGCAGUGUCUCCGGCUACGUAACGACUUUCUGGGAUGAUCUUGUCACCAAGGCAAUCGAGCGCUUCAGAGUCGGAAUUUUCAUGACAACCGUUAAGCGGACGUCCGUCGUACCGGCUAGGUCGAACGCCGACUCUGAAAGUGUAAUAACGACUCGGUCCUUAUGCUAUUGGUCAUUCGCUGCUCAUGUCGGACUUGAAGAAUUGUUCAGGAACUGCCAUUCGUUAAUUAUUACGAGCGGCACUCUUAAACCUCUGGAAGCAUUAUCUCUACAGCUUGGCAAUCUUACCUACAGAUUCGAACAUAAGCUCGAGAAUAAGCACGUCAUUGGUCCAGAUCAAUUGUAUGCAGGAAUUGUAGGAACUAGCUAUUCAAAUAUACCUUUAUGCCUCAGCUAUGAAAACCUUAGGAACAAUCCCAACAUUAUAAAGGACAUCGGGAACAUGAUUGUUGAUAUUAUUCAGUUAGCGCCGAGAGAAGGACACCUUGUGUUCUUUGCCAGUUAUUCUCAAUUGAACUCAUUUAUUGACACGUGGAGUCGAUCUCAGUUAUGGUACGAGAUGCAGAAGAAGACAAAUGUGUUCCGUGAGCCGCGUACUGCCCAGGAGGCCGCGGAGGAGAUCGAGCGUUAUUGUGCAGUGGUUAACUUAGCCAAUGGAGUGGACGUGCAGCUUUCUGCUCGUGCUCGCCGUGGAGUAAAUUCAAGCCAAGGCGGCAUAUUCUUCGGAGUUUGUCGUGGUCGAUUGAGCGAGGGGCUGUCCCUGAGCGACCACCUGGUGCGAUCGGUUAUCGUAGUCGGUAUUCCUUACCCGUCUUUGAGUGACGUGCGAAUUACCACCAAGCGCAACAUUUUCGACCGGCACCCCUACAAAAAGGAGGGAACGAUUAUCAACGGCUCCAACUGGUACGUAAAGCAAGCCUCCCAGGCCGUGAACCAGGCCAUCGGUCGCGUCAUCCGCCACAAAGGCGACUAUGGCGCGAUACUUUUGAUCGAUAGCCGAUAUCAAGAAAGGGUCACCGAACUUUCCUCCUGGGUCAUUGAGAACAUGAAGAUGCAUAACCGCGCCAGCUCACGGCCCUGGAGCACUGUAAAGGACGAACUCCGCACCUUCUUUAAUGCCAAGGGAGGCUACAGACUGCAAACUCGCAAAAUGGACGCAAAUGGUUCAACACACGAUUCAGCACAUGCGGCGAAGCAUGGCACAAGAAACAGGCUCAAGAAUCCGCUGCAGACAUCCACUCGCGCCGAGACUGCUGCCUCGUCACAGAAAGGACCGGUCAUUAAGCACAGGGACAAACUGGAUAAGCCAACCGCUACAGGGCCGAAGAACAUGCUGACCCUAACCGACUUGUUCAAACAAAGAGAAACCGUCAACGGUCCCGAUCGCAGCCAUGGUCCCGAUCGCAGCCAUGGUGCCGAUCGCAGCCAGAGUCUUAGCGUUGAUACAGGUGAAUUGAAAAGUAAAACACCAGCCUCCCGAAAGAACAAGUUCCCGACCAGAAAAGGAGUCAGCCAGGGAAAAGGGGACCACCUCGAAGAGUGCGCUAUUGGCGGCGACUCACCGCCGGUUUUAGCGGUUGCGACAGUUCCCAGAGAAGCAGUGACUUCCGCCCUGUCCAACCUCUUCGCUCUCCGCCGCCAGCCUGAAGCCGAACACCCAAACGGCGACGGUCAAGACCAGAACAAGUGUGACGACCAAAAUCAGCAAAGAGACCCACGCUCUGGAAGGUUUCAGCUGGGAAUCAAAGCGGCCAAUGAGGAAGCACUUGCCUCUCUAAUGAUGAAACUGAAAAACCGGUCUGCAACCGAAGAUGAAGCAUGA